AGCCCGUGUGGGCACUAUUUAGAACUAGCCAAAGCCUACGCUACCGGAGAUCAAUUAGCCACAAAGCAAUUAGCGUCGAAAUUCAGAGAAUCUUUUAUAUCAGACGGUAACUAUGGACUAGUUCAGAGGGUAGUGAGUCAGCUAGUGAGACACAAUGUACAGAGAUUAACUAUGUCUUUCAUAACACUGUCACUGGAGGAUGCAGCACAGAGAGUUGACCUGUCUGACUCUAAUGAAAUGGAGAAAAUGCUAAGAGACAUGAUAGAGGAUGGUGAUAUAAAUGCUUGCAUCAAUCAAAAGGAAGAGAUGAUUGUGUUCAGUGAUGACUUUGUGGAUGAUAAUUGUGCUCAGACGCUGGAGGCUAGACUCAAGGAGUGCAUGAGCCUCCAACAAGAAAUGAGCAAAGCCAAUGAUCAGUUAUCACUAAACCCACGCUACAUACAAAAAAGUGGUACUUCCAGAGGUGGUGGUGGAAUGGAUGACGAUCCUUUUGCAGACGACCAGUUAAUGUAGAGACACUCCAUAUCCCUGGUAACCUUUGGAGCGUUACCACGGUAACACAAUGACUGAAUCUAAUCCAGUGAUAUCACUGAUUGUGUUGUAGUCCCUUUUAUUUACACACGCAGGGGGUUAACCCCUAUUAAUUAUUAUUAUUAUCAUUGAUAUUAACGAGUUGUGUUGUACGUGUGUUACAUUUCUUCUAUUAAUAAUUCCUUGUAAUAUAAUAAUGAA